AUGCCCGUCGUCGCCCACUCCCCCCUCGAUCUGGAUCGAGAUCGAGGGCUCGACCCACCGUCGUCGCCGUUGCCUCCUCAUCCCCGCCGUCUAGCUCCGUGGCCGGAUCGACCAAGGCCGCCCCAACACCGCGCCUCGACCCCGUCGCCGCUCGACACCGACCGCCGCCCGACGCUACCUCGCCGCAGCCCAGAGCUCCUUCGCCUCGUCUGUCGCCCCGUCCUCGUCUCCCCCUCGACGGCUCCACCGAGCCACGCCUACCCCCUACCUGCCAACGCCGGUGAGGGCCUCGCCCUCCCCUCUCCCACUGUCCCGCACGCGCCCCGGCACCGUCCUUCGCCGUGCCAACACGUGCUCGCCGCGCCUUCGACCGCGCCCAGCGACCCUCCUCCCGUGCGGCUCUCUGGACCUCACCGCACACGCUCCCCACGAGCCCCCGCCCGCGGCACGGCGCCCACAUCGUGCGCGCCCGCAACCGCCCGCGCAUGGUCGUCCCUGCCCGACCGCGCUCCGCGCUGCACCGGCCUCGUACGACGCUCCCCUGCCCGCGGCUGUUUGCACCUCGCCGUGCCGAACCCCCUCCCCCCACGGUGGCCUGGCCGCGCCCGCGCCAUGGCGCUGCUUGGCCGCCCCGCUGCCUGCUGCGGUGCUGCUGCCUUCGCCCGUUUCCGGUGGCCGCUACCUCCCUGUCCGCCCCUGCCUUGCUUCCUCCACGUGAGCGCGGCUCGCGCGCCCACCCAUGGCCUCGUCAGGGCCCCGUGCCCCUUCCCCGCGUGCCCAGCCGUGGCGCUGGCCGACCUGUGCCACUGA